AUGUUCGUUCUUGUGGGACUGCCAGUAGAAGAGGAUGCGCCCUGCCUGACAGAGAGUCAGAUCAAGGAGGAGUACGGGAUCUGUCCUUGUCAAGUGGCUCUUCCGUCGUUCACAGGAGUGUCCUUAGAGGGGAUAGUGAACCAAGUGGAAAGACUAAGCUCAUUGGAAAAGUCGUGCGAGGGCCUUCUCAAAACAUUCAUGGGGUACUCCUGCGAGGGUAGCGCGAAAGCUAUGUGCGAUAGCAUCGAGAAGAUCAAGGACUUCCUCAGAUGGGACACCCAAAGCUUUGUAACCAACUCGAUUGACAAGGCGAUUCUACUUCUCGAGGGAGAGUACAAGAGAGUUAGCAAGGCAUAUGAGGAGAAAGUCGAGGAGUUCAACGAGGCAAAGAAGGAGUGUGACAAGCUUCAAAAACUCACAAGGGGAAACCUGUGCGACAUAAACCUCAGCAUAAUAGUGGGAAAGGAAGAAAAGUACGAGUUCCUUAAGGUUCUCUAUGUGAUCGUUCAGAAGAGCAAAGCCUCGGAGUUCAAUAGAAUAGUAGAUGAGUCUCCCCAUAUAUCACCAGAAGUAGUCGAGAAGAUAAACAGCGACGAAGACCACGAUCUUUUCAAAUUCUACAUCUUGCACUGCUCUGAGGAGGAAGUAAGAAAUGCGAUGCAUGCUGAGGGCUUUUUGGUCAGAGAACUCGAUGAGAACACGAUGUCUUCUGAGGAGAUUAUUGCAGAAAGAAGAAAAGCCGAGGAAAGGUUUUCUGCCAUCGAAAGAGUACUUAUGACAUUCGUGCAUGUCCAUCUAACAGAGGCUCUCAAGAUACUGAUUCACGUGAAGCUUCUGAGGCUUUUUGUGGAGUCAGUUUACAGAUACGGCCUUCCUACAGAAUACAUGUUCUUUGUGACGAGUGGAGAGAAAUCAAGGAUUCUCAGCCAAUGGACAACCAUAGCGAAGAAGUGGCCAUCUGAUAGGAUUGUAUAUGAAGAAGAAGGGGAUAAUAACGAGGAAGGUGAGGUCUUCUUUGCUUUUUCAGAGAUCGAAAUAUGUGGAGAGGAAGAAUGA